CCUCAUCCCGCCACUGAGGGAGGAGAUCCUCCAAACAGCCAGUGUCCCUGCACAGAGGGAGGAGAUCCUCCGAGCAUCAGGCCUCAUCCCAUCACAGAGGGAGGGUAUUCUCCAAACAGCCAGUGUCCCUGCACAGAGGGAGGAGAUCCUCCGAGCAUCAGGCCUCAUCCCAUCACAGAGGGAGGGUAUCCUCCAAACAGCCAGUGUCCCUGCACAGAGGGAGGGGAUCUUCCGAGCAUCAGGCCUCAUCCCUGAAGAGAGGGAGGAGAUCCUCCUCACAGCCAGUGUCCCUGUGAAGAAUGAAAACAUUCAUCCACAACCACCUUCCAUCAUCCCCAUGUUGGCACCACUGUGGAAAUGGGAUGGUGGAGCGUGUACUCCACCUGUGGAUUUCUAUUCCAAGAGAAGAGAUGUCCGACUUAGAUAUGUGGAGCAUCCUGCUAUGAUGUCCAUCACCAAGCCGGAACACUCCGAUGCCAACCCUCAGUUCCAGACUGGCACCCGGCCGGUGGCUGAGCCCGAGACCCCUGCUGUUCACAAUAACAGUGGAGGCUGGCUCAGCUGGGUCUUUGGGAGUGGAAGAGCUAAUAAGAAGGAGGUUCAUCUACCUGAGGACAAAGACAGAUCUAUUGUCUGGGAUCCAACUCUGCACAGAUGGGUUAACAAAACUGAGCCCAAGGCUGAAAACAAGUGUGUACCACCACCUCCACCGAUGGGGACACAUGGAUAUCAGGGGAACACUGGCAGUGUCCCCAAAGGAGUGAAUCCCUACUCUAUGAAAGCAGCAGGUCUAUGGGGCAGCAGAUACCCCACAAUGCAUUACAAUGAUGGGACCAACUCAAAGCCUCCAAGCCAUGGGCCUGGACUGCUUCCUAGACAGCUCUCUGGCUUGCUCCCUCCUUCACACUUUGACCUCAUGGCACCAAUGGUUGUGCCACCUGACACUCUACACUACUGAGGCCCAAGACAUAAAGUCGCCUGAAAGCUGUGUAGCAAUAAUUCCAGCUUCUGACCAAGAAUCAUGGAUACCUUUCAUGUGAGUACUCACACACCAGAUUUUUUUUACAUACCUCAGAAGGAAGAUACCUCAAUAUCUGGAAGCACUGUCUCAUGUACAACUGUUAAUGCUAUCUCUGAAAUGUCUAACAAAAUGUUGACUUGAUCGUUUCAUCAAGACCUUCUCAUCACAAGUUGGAACUAGUGGUCAACAUUGGGACAAUGCAGCCCAAAAUAACAGGGACCAACAUUUUCAUGGAGGUAAGCACUACACUUCUGAUGGGUUUAAAGAUUGUAUUACAUUAUCUAAAAGUGAGAAAGUAAACCCCAGCUGUUUUUAUUCUUUUCACAGGGAAGAACAAUCCCCAUUAUGCCAUGAAUGUUUCAUUGUUGAACAACCAUAGAUAUUUUUCCUCUAAUUUGGCUCCCGUUCCUCCCAACAGUGAGCAAGACCUGUCAGCAGAGCUCACUGGAGCAGGGAGACAUGCCGUCACCCUUUUGGCGCCUGACAAAGUACACUUUUUUUCUUCUAAAUAACACUAUAGUAACGUCUUCUGCACAAAGUUACAUUCCUAAUAAGAUUGGUGUUAAGUGAGAAAGAAUCCUAAAGAUGGUCCAAUGGGCAUGGUCUGAAGCCUCUCGUCAUCUCAGUAUGUUGAACCACCUGAUUUCCUGCAGGCUUGAGAUUCAGAUCCUGCUGAACGAUGUUAAGCAGUCGAUUAACCACAUGCAGGGGACGCUGAACACCAUGCAGGGGCAGUGUAUUGAGUUGCAGACUGCCAUAUCUAAGGUAGUGUCAGAUGAGUCUCAGAUACAGAAGAAUAAGUCUAUGAUGGUAUGGUGAUAAUGAUUGAGAUGGUGAUUAUAAUAAUGAUGACUAGCGGUACCCCACCCUACGGGCGGUAAAUCAUUGGAUCUGAUUAAUUCAAUUCAAUGCAAUUCAAUCUUUGAGGACUGCAACCAUAGAAAUACAGUUUAUUUACACUAAUAAUAAGCUAUUGUCAACUUCCCGUCUAUGCUUAUCUUGCUCAUUGCUCACUGUUACCCUAUGUGUGCAACUAUUAUUGAUUUCUCACACAAAAAUAAUUUGGUUGCAAAUGUACCUGGGGCCACGUAAAUAAUUGUUAGGCUACUCAUUUUGAAUGAGUGGCAACUUGUGUGACCAUAAAAGUCUGUGUGCGACUGGGGACAGUAAAAUAAUUUGGUUACUGACCUGCCCUACAUCAUAGAAGGCCCUUCAAGUCGGAACUAG